AUGGCACGCAUUCGAUGGCUAUUCUCUCGAAUUGCGAAGUCAACCUACAGAUAUACUCCUGUUCCGGACGACGAGGCGCCUCAAUUCCGGCCACAUCUCGUCAAGGAACAGCGCAAGAAGGCCGGCUACUUCUGCUUUGGCAUCGCAUUGCUUCUGCUGUUACUUUAUGUCGCCAUUCCUUAUGGUGAUCUUGCCAAGUCACUUCCUGGCUGUGAACGUCAUGGCAAAUGCAAGCCUAACCCUCACCGAUGGGGCCAAUAUUCUCCGUUCUUCUCAGUGCCCUCAGACAUUGAUGGCAGUAUUCCUGCGGGAUGUGAGAUUACUCUCGCCCUAGUUCUCUCUCGCCAUGGAUCUAGGAACCCUACGAGCCCCAAGUCGGCGCUCUACAAGGAUCUGAUUGAGCACAUCCAAAGCUCAGUCUCACACUACGGGGAGGGCUUCGAGUUUCUCGACGACUACGCAUAUACCCUUGGCAAUGACGACCUUACUAUCUAUGGAGAACAGCAGAUGGUUGACUCUGGCGCCGCCUUCUAUAAGCGCUACCGAAAACUAGCAGACGAUAUUGACCCAUUUAUUCGUGCGGCCGGCUCGUCUAGGGUGAUCGCGUCUGCAAAGAACUUCACCCAUGGACUCUAUGCCGCUCGAGGGAAUGGUGGCAGUCACGCCGAAGAAGACAUCCUGAUCAUUCCCGAAACCGACAGUUUUAACAAUUCCAUAAACCACGGCUCUUGCUCCCGGUUCGAGGAUGGACCAUACUCCGACCUCAAGCAUGAGAAGCAGGCUGCCUGGAAAGAAAGGUGGCUGCCUUCAAUCACGAAGCGGCUCAACCAGAAACUGCCCGGUGCCAACCUGAGUCUAACCGAAACUGUUUAUUUCAUGGACUUGUGUCCUUUUCACUCGGUUUCUGACAAGAACGCUAAGCCGUCGCAAUUCUGUAGCUUAUUCUCGGAAGAUGAGUGGCGAGGGUAUGAUUACUACGAGUCGCUAGACAAGUGGUACGGCUACGGCUUCGGAAACCCCUUGGGCCCAACUCAGGGGGUGGGCUAUGUCAACGAGGUGAUUGCGCGUUUGACAGGCGAACCGGUCAAAGACCACACCUCGACGAACUCUACUCUCGAUUCGUCCCCUGAGACGUUUCCAUUGGACAGGAGACUCUAUGCAGACUUCAGCCAUGACAACACGAUGAUAUCCAUCUACGCUGCGCUGGGACUAUACGAAGGUGUCCCUGAUCUACCUGUGGAGCACAGGGUGCCAGCAGACCAAGCUGGUGGCUUCUCUGCUGCCUGGGUAGUGCCAUUCGCUGCACGCAUGUAUCUGGAGAAGAUGCAAUGCGGAUCUGACGAGAAGGAAUAUGUGAGGAUUCUGAUCAACAAUCGGGUGGUGACGCCGAAGUGCAAAGCCGAUAGCCAUGGUCGCUGUGAGUUGGACUCGUUUAUCGACAGCUUAUCGUUUGCCAAGUCGGGUGGCAAAUGGGAGACCUGCGAGGUGUAG